AUGGCAGGCUGGGGAGUCUUCUUCGUGUCCCUCCUCAACUACAAGACAGAGAAGUUUGUCAUCGCCGAAAACCGCAAAAUCGGGAUAUUGUUUAGACUGUAUCAGCUGGCCGUGCUGGGAUACAUAAUCGGGUGGGUGUUUGUGGUGAGGAAAGGUUACCAGGAGAGAGAAGAGGCCGUCCAGACCUCAGUCAUCACCAAGCUUAAAGGUGUCACACUGACCAACAGCUCUGAGACCGGGCUUUACCUGUGGGGUGCUGAGGAUUAUGUCAUACCCCCGAAUGGUGAGCAGGUGUUCUUCGUAGUAACAAAUUAUAUAGAGACCCCCAACCAGAGGCUUGGGUUCUGCGCUGAGAGCUAUAAGGUGCCAGAUGGACGAUGUCAAAGUGAUGAUGACUGUGUCGAAGGGGAGGCUGUUAUAGCUGGCAAUGGAAUAAAGACCGGGUUGUGUUUAAACAGCACUGGGACCUGUGAGAUUCACGCCUGGUGUCCUGUUGAAUACAGCGAGAGACCCACAGAGCCCUUACUGAGCGAAGCAGAAAACUUCACCAUCUACAUCAAAAAUUUCAUCAGGUUCCCAAAGUUUGAAUUCUCCAAGUCCAACGUCCUUGACACCUCUAACGACAGCUACCUGAAAAGAUGCUCCUACGACAGAGAGGACAACCUGUACUGCCCCAUCUUCCGCCUCGGAGACCUGGUCAGCUGGACUGGAUAUGACUUCCAGGGCUUGGCUGCUAAGGGUGGGUCCAUUGGUAUUCUCAUUGAGUGGAACUGUGACCUGGAUAAGGACUCCUCACAGUGUAAUCCACAGUACAGCUUUACCCGUUUGGACAUAAACUUGAACAACUCGGUCACAUCAGGAUACAACUUCAGAUACGCCAGGUAUUACAAGGAUCAAAAUGGUGAAACCUUUCGCACUUUGUAUAAAGUGUAUGGGAUUCGCUUCGAUAUAAUGAUCAACGGCCAGGCCGGCAAAUUCAAUAUUGUUCCAACAAUAAUUGCCAUAGGCUCUGGUGUUGCCUUGCUGGGUGCAGGAGCCUUCGCAUGUGAUAUGAUUCUACUGUACAUGAUGAACACGAGCUCCUUCUACCGAGAGAGGAAGUUUGAAAUCAUCAACUUUAAGAAAGAGCGGACCAAAUCCAAGGAAGGGAAGACAGGACAGCGGGAAAGGAGAUCCAGGAAACCAGCUGGGGAGAAAGAGGACGCCAACUCAACCAAAAAGGACACAGAAGACACUGCAGAGAGCCAGCUGCCUGUGGACCAACGGGGUCCCACCAUUCCACGCAACACAGGACAGCGAUACUCUGCUGCCAUUCUCUCUCCCCAAGGUGCAGAGCCAAGGCAUCACAUCACCUUCUCUUCAGACUGUUAA